CCAGAUUCAGAUUAACACUUUCUCGCUGCUGCCCUCACGCGUGGAAACGCGACAACCAUAGCGCGUUAAGUGUGACAUAACACUUUUUGUGUUGGUCUUUCUCAUUUCUACGAUCAUGCAAUACCAUGGAUGUAACUAUCCAAAAUGGUCAUCAAAGGAGUAUAUCUGAACCUAAUGAUGCCUUUGGAGAUGGAGGAAGCAGAGAAGCUGGACAGAAGCACUCUAGGCGCUUUUCUCAACCUAUACAACAAUUCGUAAUGGAUCCGUCCUCGUCCAAAGCGGGGAUAAUGCUUGCAGAUAUUUCCCACAAUAAAGAUGAACAUGCCACAGAAGAGAAGGUCCUAUCAAGGAAGAGGCUUAUAAGGAGAAGAACACAUUCAAGCUCAUCAGCAAUUCAGCAAACGAGUGCAAGACAGAAUAUUCGAGCUCGAUCGGUGGGAGCUAAUACCAUCGUAACCGAAUCACCGAAACGGUUUGUGCGAUUACAAUCUGUUCAGGAACCUACCGAAGAGAUUGAACGCAUAGCAAGCACAAGUAAAUCUCCAAAUAAACAGAACGAGAGUGACAACAUUAAAGAAACAGCCGAUUUGGAACGGUCGAUCAGCAAUGACGCGGCACUUCUUCAAUUCGCUUUCUCACCGCCAAAGCGAUCUUUUCGUCAACGAAAGCCUGCACAACUUGCUCCAUACACAACAGAAGAAGCACGUUACAAACGCAGGCUAGUGCGAAAUGAUUGGGAAGAUGCAGUUGUGGUCAGUAGAGAAUUAAUGCGAGCUGCUAGAGCAGAACGCAUGAAUGCAAAAGAAGGUCCAACAAACUUACCAGAGGAACAUACUCGUCCAGGACAGAGCAAUACAAAAGAGAGAACGAAAGAGAGAAGAGGAUCCAUCAACAAAAGUGCCGAGAAUGUACCCAAGAAGAGUCGAAAGUCAUUGACUCCUAUAGACCAAAAUCGAAUCAACCAAGCAGAAACACACAAUGAAGAUAUUCCUGACUUUUCAGCAACUCCAACCACUGAUUCUCAAAGCAUAUCAACGCCACUCAAAGACGUUCCUGAAUCAAGGAUGGCUAUGUUGAAGCGCAAAAGAUACCGAAUCUUGUCAGAAUCAGAUGAGAACGAGGAUUUGGUCGCGAAAGAUGUGGUCCAUCAUACCAUUGAAGAUGACGAUAUUGAGGAAGUGCCCAGACAUCAGGAAACACCAGUCGAUAUCGAGAUAGAUGAUGCCAGCUCAAGCAUAAGCGCUGCAUCCUGGUCAAAUGAGCGACAGCAGAGAAAUUCGAAAUUACGUGAUCGAGAUUACGAUAGUCUUCUAAAGAUGCUGAGAAAGACAAUGCCUGCACGAAUGGCACGCGAAUAUAUAGAAGACUUGAAGGCUAUGGAUCAAGAAAUUCAGCUUCUUCCAAAUGAUGGAGGUGGCCAGAACGACGCUUUGUCUCUAGGAGAUGCGAAUGAUGACUUGACACAAGAACUCCUACCGGGACAGAGCAAGAAGAGACAACGCAAAGGUACUGAUUUGCGCAAUGAGCGUUUCAAACUCAUUGGAGACUCAGAAGUAGAAAGUGAAUCAUCCGCUUCUUCUGUCAUUUCUGCCAUUUCAGAGACAUCACACUCGACGGUAGCCUCAUCUCGGUCCAAAACAUCGCGUGGCUCGGAACUGUUCAGUAUUGAUGGAGUGGUCAAUACCCGCAAAAAGAGACAUAGAUCCCCAUUGACAAGCAAAAGCCGCUCUGUAGAACCGCAAAACUAUACUAGUUACAAUCGUAAAGAAAGUUCGAAGAGGUCGGGCAUCAUGCAUGGGAACGACGAUGCUAUUGACAGAAUGUUGUGCAGUAGUCGUGGUAUUCACACGAAGCGUCAGCCUAGAGACAGACAACCGGGUUCUGUUGACAAAGCGGGAAGAAGGAAACCGCCUACUUCAAGAACAUCCGGGGAUCAGAAGGGCAAAGACACAUCUUCCAAGAGAAAGAGACGAGAAGGAGGCAAAUCUACAGAUCGAGUAGGAAGAUUGGCUUCAAAUCCAUUCGGUAACGCGAACAGCUUGAGUUACAUUCGAGAGGCACGUCCAUACGACAAAAGACAAGGAAUUCGUCCAAUACUUCAAGAUGCUGAUCUCUUUCUACCCUACGAUUCAGCAUUAGAGAGGAAGAUAUCCCUUGAUAGAGCAACUUCGGGCAAUGGACCUCCAAAAAGAGCCGUUGAAGCAUGGAUAGCAGACGUUGACAAUUCUAGGGGAGCGGGACAGAUGACACCUCUUCGAACGCCUAGUCAUGCAGGAAUCAAUGGCAAGAUACCUGCACCUAAUUCACACGAUCGCUCAGGAAAACAAACUGAAGUUACAAAUAAGCAGCAUUCUCUCGGCCAAUCUGCGGAGGAUGCACAGGUAAAAUUGAGCUCAACUCGACUGGGAAUGUCACCUGCGACGCCGACAACCGAUGUAGAGCAGCAGAGAACCGAAGCAGAGAUUUGGUCAUCGGUAGGAUUAGUACGAUUGGAUUUCGAUAUUUCCCAACCCGACCUCGGCAUCAGAUGUAAUCCUGAAGGAUAUAUUGGUCGCGGACGCCUCUUCUCUUUGCUACACAGUAGUGAUUGGCGCAAUACCUUCGAUUCGCAUAUCGAUCCUGACUUUCCAAACACCGAAGACACAUGGCAGCACCUUUUGUUAACUGCUCAACGAUCCAAUUUGUCGAACAACAGUAAUCACACAAGUUUACUUUGCUGCUUGGACGAUAUCUGCGACCAAUAUGCAACAUUUGCAAAAUCGUCUGCUAGAAUUGAUCGUAUACAGCAAGUGAUGGAUGCUGUUGAUCAAUUGAUCAGUCUCGCUCGCCGUGAAGAUCAGUUGAGAAGUAUUCGUGAUGCACAGAGCACUAUCCUUUCAAGAUUGCAAUGGUAUAAAGUGGAGCUCUUAUACCGUACCACUGUGGAGGAGCCGCGAACGAGAUCGAGUCAUGAAGCUGUAUUUCUACAAGCAUGUCAAGAUUUGAUGAUUACCCUCUUGGUUCAUGGUCUACACAGGACAAUCUCUUCAAUGAAACAUGCAAGACCAAGACCUUCUCAGGAGGCUGGCUCGAUACUCUCGAUAAACGAUUGGAGCUUGGAAAGUUGGGUUUGCCUGAUCCAUGUUCUUCAAAGUGAUGCCGCAAAAGAAAUGAACUCGACUACUGGCAAUACACCAUUCUGGAAUGUUUUUGAAGCAUCUUUGAAGAUUUACCAUAAUGCUUUGAGAGAUGCAAAGACGCCUUUUGUCGUUGCUGAAAAUGCUUGGUAUUCAAUCUUUGCCAUUUGUGCAAUCAGCUGUGUGUCACCUACGACAGGAUCGUGUACAUCCCAUCCGGCAUUGCAAAAGCCAUGCUGGUCGUUGGUAUCGCAAGCGGUGUCUACGAUCAAGUUGCGCUUCGAAGAGCGAGUUGAAGCACUCAUGUCAAAGACUGCGAUCCGUGCAAGAGAUCAAUACGUUCAUUUGAUACUUAGGAGAAUUCUCGUGUUGAAUCACAAGUGGCAAUGGCCAUUGGAAAAUGUGGAGCAAUUGUUGACGAAACUGUUCUCCAUCUUUAACGCAAAUCGUUUGCAAGAUCUACCAAGUGAAUCGCAUCACGAUUUCCCUCAUAGUCUGAGAGAAUUUGAUAUGCAGAUUCUUUACUCAGAUACAAUAUAUGGUGACGAAACAGCUUUCCAAAUCUUUCUACGCAUCCUCGCCGUUGCUGUAGACCGAGCAAGGCGUUCGAAUCAAUCUGAUCGUCAAGGCAUGGACAGAUCGGCCUCUCGCAUCCUUUCUCGUUUUAGUCCUAUGCGGACUCUACGAUUUGCACCGGACAAUGUUCCCACAUCUUUGGAACGCAGUGCACUUUUCAAUCAUUAUUCGAUUGCUUUGCUUUAUCUCUUCUUCGUACCUUCGUCGGAACAGCAAAGGCUUCUUCAAGUACAACAAUACCUCAACGUUGCCAAAGCAGAUCAAAAGAGUCAAAUGGUUGGCGUACGUGCAGUAAUGUAUGUUGCAAUCAUACUGCGUCAUCAUGAUAGGCCUAUCAAUACGGCGAUGAGUUGGUUCAAAAGUAUGUUUGUUCACAUGCUCAAUUUGUUCCAGCAUCUCCAUGCGAAAUUAGCAAGUGCCGAUCAUACAUCCAAAUCUAGUAUCAGUCGCGAAUUAGCAUCAAGGCAAACGGUUUUAUUGGCUUGUUUACGGGCAGUGCAUUAUAUUUUGCAAAAGAACAGUAUUGAUUCUUCCGAUGUUCGUACCUCAACAGCUGACAUAACCCUUCUGAAUCCUGCAUGGACCAAUGAACUUUACGAUAACUUCUACUUGAUCAAUUAUCCACAAGUUGUGUUUGAAUCACUACGAUUGAUCUCUUCUCACUUUACUGCCAUUUCGUCAAAACAUCGAGGUAAAGGGUCAAAUGAUCAAAAUGCAAAAUCGAACAACAGUGAAAGUCAAGAGAGCUAUUCAGAGCUGUUUGAAGAUCUUGAUUUCGACAAUGCGGCGUUACUCCAACUUGCAGGCUAUGGACCGGAUGAGGCACAAGUUGCAACAGCGAAUGAUGAUCGGGCUCUUGCACAUAAUGCAAAAGAUGCCGACGUGUAUGAACAAUUAUCCAGUGCUCUAUUUAGAAUGAUCAACAUCAUUGGCAAAUCCGAGAAUGCGUUUUCUUUUGGCUUUCAUCAAAUUGGACAAACGGAAGGUGAACAUUCAAACACUGAUGCAGAAGAAGAGGAACACAAAGCACAGAUCGGGAAGCUGGCAAUCAUAUGCUGGGCAAAAUGUGCUGUGCUUUUGGUGGAACAACAUGCAGUACGCUCGUGGGACUACUACUUCCGAUUUGGAAAAGAAGACAUUCGAUCAUCUUUGCAUAUCAAUACUCGUCAUACACUCUCGAUGCAUUUCUUCAUUGCUCUUUUGCAAGAAUCGCUUGAAUCAUGUGGUUCUACAAGAGCAAGAGCUUCGCAUACAUUUGGAGAAGAAGAAGACGCUUACUGCUCAAAUCUUACAGAGAUUUGGACUUGUGUUUUGAUCAAUGUGUUGGAGCUUCAAGAUGUAAAAGCGACAUCGAUAUUGAUCCAGCUCGCUAACCAAUUUGAAUGCAAGCGAAAAUCAAACUCUAUGGAGGAUGAUAACGGUUCCACGCUAUUCGAUUUGGAAGAUGAGCAGAAUGAUUGUAUGGCAUUGCUGCAAGGUGAUAAACGUCUGGAAUUUAUGAGCAGUACUAUCGCUAGUCUUUCUACUGUCGCUCAGCAAAGCUCAAAAAUGCAAAAAGUGAUCAUUAGUACAUUUUCAGCCGUCUUUUCGUUCGUACGACAAUUCAUUUCGCAAAAUUCAAAGUUGAUCAUACAAAAUCACAAAGGUUCUCAAUUGAAAGCUUAUUUGCAUUUCUUGAACAGUUGUCACAAAUCUUUUGAUCAUCCUCUUGCCCGUGCUUUGGCAAUAGAUUUACGCAAUACGCAAGCCGUUGUACAGCAGCAUCUUGAUCAGGUGCCGCAGAAUACGUGAUGUAGCUAUAUGUAUUACCAAUUUAUCAUGAGAUAUU